AUUCAGUACAAUCAAGAAGAAGCUAGAGCUAAACUAAAAAGAGAACCAUUUUAGUAAAUUUAAGAAAGGAAUAAGGUCCUCUAUAUAAAAGCACAAAAGGCUAGUGCCACCACUUCUCUUUACUAACUAAGAAUACUCCAUCUUUGCCUUUCUUCUUUCUUCUUCCAAGCAAAUUAAGAAUAAUGGAACAAACUAUUUUUAACAAUAAACUUUCAUGGCUUCUUCUUCUUCUUGUCCUUAUUUUGAUUUCCUUUUCAAGAUCAGCUGAUGCUUACAAGAAUUAUACAGUGGGUGAUUCUUUAGGUUGGUUUGAUAAUCUUGAAAAGCCUCAUGUUAACUAUGACAAAUGGGUUGCUGACAAAAAAUUCAGUCUUGGUGAUUUUCUCAUUUUUAAUACAGACAAUAAUCACUCGGUCACUCAGACUUACAACUUUACCACAUACAAGAGUUGUGACUACAACAAUGCCUUAGACAACGAUACCAUACAAUGGGUAUCUGCAGAUCCAUCUUCAACUUCAAUUUUUCCUGUUUCAGUAGCAGUUCCACUUGUAAAAGUUGGACCUACUUAUUUUUUCUCUAGUGAUUAUGAUGGCGAACAGUGCGAAAAUGGCCAACAUUUUAAAAUAAACGUGACGUAUGGUCAAGGAUUGCCUCGAAGCCUUAAGAAUCCAUCAGACGACGACUCACUGGCUCCAAUUAGUCCGAUUUCCGGUGACGAAGAAUCGGCACCGGAUACGUUAGUUCCUUCUUCCUUCGAUCAUCCACGUGAUGUGGCGGCUAGCUUGACUGCCUUGGUUUCCACUAUUCUUGCUCCAUGAGAAUCUUGGAUGCUUUUGACCAUGUGAAUUAAAGUUAUUAUUAUUAUAAUAGUUAUUAUUUAUCAUUAUAAUGACUAACUGCAUUAACAUGUUCCCCAAUUUGGCUUUCAUGGUUUGGGUGUCAUCCACCACAAAAAUCGCAAAGUGAUUGUGAUUGAGUAUUGCAUGUAUGUGCUUGUAUUUCCUCAACUUUCUCUGUCGAGUUUGUUAUAUGAUGAGCUAGUGAAGAGACAACAUCAAUUUAGUGUAUUCCAGCUGGCUUCUUAGAUUUAUCUCUUUC